GAUUGCUGUUGGGAUAUUGCUGUUAUUUUACCUGCUGGAAACCUUGCCUGUGGAUUUACUAUUUACUUGUUCCUGAGCCUCACUUGGAUUAUAAGCGGAGAUAACCUGGGUAAUAUUGCAUCUCCGCUACAGUGGUGUGUGUGUUUGCAUACAGGGAAUCUAGUGUGUGCAAUGGUGGAUCCAGAUUGUGUAUAGAGGAUGAAGUGUAUAUGUCAGGAAUAUAGUGUGUGCAUGAGCAGUGUGGUAUAGGGUCUGUAUUGUGCUUGUGGUUGGGUGAGAUGGAGAGAUAGAUAGCAUAGUGCCAACACUACAUGCUCUGAUCUCCCUUGUCGACUAGCCUAAUGGCUAGCUUUGGUCUCUUAGUGAGGGCACUCCCUAAUUUCAUAAUCUUUUGGUCUUCCUGUUAUCAUAUGCCUGUUUUCCUUCCUCUCCUUAUCCCUCUAAUCUGCCCUUUUAUUACUGUUACCAAGUCAUUUUAUCCUUCUCUUUCACACUUCACUUUUUUCAUUUGGUAGUUAACCUCAGUAUGUCCCUGCUAUUUUCUCAGUUCUUUCCUUCACCUGAGUACCUGAACUCUGAUAUCUUUUUACUCUUUUCUGAAUGUACUCAUCUUUUCUCCAGUUUCUCUAUAUAAGUGUUAAAAGUAUUGCUAAAAUUAAUUCUGUUUUGAAGGUUGUUUGGAUAAAAAUGGCGUGCUCCAUGAAUUUAAUACUCGGUGGAAGACGAAAAAUUGCUUUGACUGCAGUUGUGAUACUGAGGAGAUGUCCUGCUGCAAAGUGUAAGUUGCAAUAAUUCCUUAUGAUUUAGUUAGACCAGAGUGUUUACACAUGUGGGAUAUCCACUGAGGGACUACACAAAUUUCUUGUUUGCUCCUUCAUGCUAUUGUAAAGAGCAUACAUCAUGGCUGAAUGUGAGGAUUUAAGGGUUGUAUGUCACUUGGAUUGGGAUGUAUGAUUGUAAUGUAAGUGUCAUAUACUAUAACCUGAUGUGAGCUGUGUAAUAAUGUCAGAGCUAAUGUUUGCAGCAAAGUAGGAAUUCUUACCCAGGAACCCCAAAAAAGAACACCUUUUGCACAAUCGCAUUCCUUCUGGGGAAUUAUGGCUGAAUAUCACGGUAAUGUAAAAUCUCUAGAAUCAAAAAAAAUCUUCUCUAAAUAAAUGAACCACUAGAGGAAUCAUCUACUGAACAAUACUCUGAAAAACUGAUCACCAAAAAACCUUUCCCAAUACUAUCACAAUAAAAACCACAGACACGGUUUAGCGAAAUAAAGAGAGGGAAAAAAACAAUAACAAAACAAAAGGGAAAUUGCAAAUAUCACAACAAAGUGGACAACAAAAGAAUUAACACUUUAUUGACAAUAAAAAAUAAAUAAAAAAGAUCUGUAAAAUGACGCAUAAAUAUCUAUAAUAAAUGCAGUAUAAAGAGCACAAACUGUUAUGGAUCAUUUUUAGCACCAUGUAAAAGUAUCAAUGGACUUGAUACACCAAUAAAACUAAACAUCAGUCCCCAAAAUAAAAAAUAUGUAUCCGAAUUCUCAAAUGGUGUGAAGCAGAUCCCCUAACAUGGACAAGAUAAAAAAUUUCCGUCUUUGUGACGGACUGCCUGGCACUCCGACCGAGUGCCUCCACCAAUUGAUGCUCCUAGUGCUCACUGAGAAAUUUCAGCACUCCACCAGACACCAUAAACACUGCAGACCCCACUUCCAGUGAUGCAGCUGUGCCGGGGUCUUGCCGUCCUUCACCCACCCUGGACCCAAGACCGGGAUCCAGCUUCCAGAGGGCAGAUCUCUCCUACUCCCAGAAACCAUAGCAGGAACAGCUCUUAUAAGAGCUAGUGAUUAUAAUUCCUGGGGAGUAUAGUGAUAUAUCAAUCUCCAGGAUAGAUACAGCCGUUUCCCCCACUCAUGAGAUGAGACUAUGUUGAGGGUAAGCAGGAACAGAAUUUUAAUGGAGGCACACUGGCCUUUUAUGCAAGUUUCCCAACAAGGGUGACACCCAGGUGGACCUUGUUGGGCACCGGGACACUAAGUGAAUAAACCAAUAAAAACAGAGUCAUACAGUCAGACACUCCCAUACACAAACAAUAGAAUCCUCCUCUGUGCUUGGGAAAUAAUUGAAUCAGGAACUGUACUAAUUUAACCCAAUUAUCUCCAAACACAGAAAAACAUAAAAUUUUAUGAAACCCCAAAAAGUACUUUAAAACCACAAAAAAUAACAAGGGGUGAACAACAUAUCCAAAAAUCACCCAGAUCGGUUCAGGGGUUCAGGAAUUCUCCUGGAAUUCAUAGUUUUGACCGACCGUGCACGUGGUCCUAUGCCCAAAACAGUUCCAGGGAAAUCAAUGCUAACAGUAGGUCAUGUUCGGUAGUCUUUUACAUUUUUCCAUGCAGGGCCCAUAGUACAAGUGGAGAGGUUACUUUCACCAAAGUCUUUAAUUUAAUACAAAAUGUGAAUCAAUACAGGCAAUACUCCUUGCACAGUGCAAAGUUGCUUUAAAUCAAUAGAUCAGAAGACAAGGUUAUUCCGAUACCUUAAAGGAAUUGAAUAGGUAAAACAAUGCAUAUCCUUUUGUCCCCCCAACAGUAAACCUACUGUCACAAAAUGCUUUUCCCCCCCUAAAUAGUGUAAAAUGCCAAUUUUCAGAAAUCCAAAUCACUUUGGAGCUUCGGCACCUCCGAACUACCGAACUUCGUCACUUCAGAACUUUGGCAUGGAAUCCACACUAAUGUACAUACAGAACAAAAUGAAUUGCACAUGUCUAAGGCGGUAUAGCUGCCCAUUCUUCUUGACAAAAUGUCUCAACAACCACACUGUCUUUCUCCAGAGCAGCCUGCAUUUCCCCUGAGGAUACCUGUGUUUUGUUUUUUUUUGUAUCCCAAACAAUUCUUCUGGCAGUUGUGGCUGAAAUCUUUCUCAGUCUACCCUUGACCUUGGCUUGGUAUCAAGAGAUCCCCAAAUCUUCCACUUCUUACUAAGUGAUUUAACAGUAGUAACUGGUAUUUUCAAGGAUUUUGAUAUCUUUUUGUAUCUUUUUCCAUCUUUAUAAAGUUCCAUUAACUUGUUACGCAGGUCUUUUGACAGUUCUUUUCUGCUACCCAUGGCUCAGUAUCUAGCCUGCUCAGUGCAUCCACGUGAAAGCUAUCCAACUUAUUGACUAUUAAUACACAGAAACGAAUUGCCAUUUAAAAAUACACAGGUGUCGGAAAUUAACCUUUAAUUGCCAUUUUAACCUGUGUGUCAUCUUAUAUGUCUGUAACAAUGCCAAACAUCCAAGUGUAUGUAAACUUUUGAUUAGGCCCAUUUGGCUCCUAUUUAAAAUCAUAAUGAUAAUAGAACUCACCCAAACAACUAUGUGAUAAUAAACGGCUUCAUAUGAUCACUAUCCUUGAAUAAAAUAAUGUUUUAUGCAUAAUCAGUUAUAUUUUCAAAAUCAAUGCCAAAAUUUCACAAUUUCUGUCAGGGUAUGCAAACUUUUGAGCACAACUGUAUAAUACUGUUGAAAUUAUAAUGGGUUUCACAUACUACUACAAUGUUGAAUCAGCUCACCCAAAUCUUAUUGCAGCUUGCUUACAGUUCUUUCUCACCCAGAGUGGCUUGGCUCUCUCCAUAUUAUAACAAUUUUCUGUACUACUGUACUGGCUCAGUAAUAAAGCCUCCAGGCCCCAGCCAGGCUACUUUCAACUUUACUGUUCAAGGACUCCAUGAGGUAGGUCUGGGGACAUAAGGCUUAACGUUUGCACGCCAGAAUUCAAGUGGACAAUGGCAUCUAGCCGCCAUACACCUCCUAGGUCUCCACACCCUCAACGUGAGUGUAGGCGCAUCCCGUAGCUUGUAUCCAAGAUCAUUGCUCCACCCCAUUGGCUCUGUUUUGUUCAAGCAUGGAAUUAUUUAUUAUUGCACAGCUGCAGAGUAAAUGUUGUAGUUCAGGUCAUGUGAAUAUCCAAGUUGACACAUUCUAACUAGUAUCUUUUACAAUGAUAACCUUUUACCUGAAUCUUUCCCAACUGUGCUGCUCCAACACAAUAAAACAUGCAAUCAAAAUUCCAAUUAUCUGUGUAAUUCCACCUUCUUGAGUAAUAUACGAUUUCCACCCUGUGACUGUAAAUAUGUAAAAAGCUUUCCCUCCCUGCACUUUGGUAACCCAUCUUGUUUCCUUCUCUGCAACUAUGUCAUUUAAAAACUACACAUUCUAAACUAUUCUAGCAAUCUACUUUUCCUGUAAAUUAAAAACACCCUACUCUUACCUCUUGAGUCACUUUACCCCACUCCCUCUAGAAUGUAACCUUGUUUGAACAGGGCCCCCAACACCCUCUGUUUUAUUUAUGAAAGUUUGCUGUUUUUAAGUUUCUGCUGUGUCCGUAGUAGACACAUCAUGUUAGAGCAAUCAUUACUGUUUCAUUUCUAUUGUUGUGUCAGGAAAUAUUUAUAAAAAUAAUACGUUUGUGAAUAUGCUUCUAGAUAUUGAAUAGCACCAUUGCAAAAGGCCACAUGAGUACUGGAUUCAUGCAUGCAUUUUGCUUUUUUUAAUUUUAAGUAAUGUUUAAUUUGGGGUUUAAAUUUCUAUUUUUAAAUAGGGGCAAAUAUAAGCCAGCUAACAGUCGCUAUGUAUAGAUACAUAUGUGAAAGAGUGAUAAAUAUGAUAGAGAUAAGUAAUAAUAGAAAAUGUAGGUUAGUGGGUUCAUGACACACAAUUAAAAAAAGUAGUUUGAAUAUAUCUCACUUUCGAAUUAUUCUAUUCCUAUUAUGUUCCAGUUAUGGUAGACCUGCCAACUAUGACCAGAGCAAAUGCUUUGUCAAGUAUGAUAAGCAUGCUUGCACCGUGGAAGUACUACAAAAGGAGGAUCCUACAAAGUUGUGCGAGCGCUAUGGAAUGGCUGGCUAACGAUGAGGUCAGCAUGAUCCAGAACAAGCCUUCUCUGAAUCUAUUAGACUUUCAUGAUUAAAGCUGUAUUGAAUACCUUUGUUGAUUAAUAAAACAGCCAUGUUGAGUGCUAAAGUCACAAUUAAUAUAAAUAUUAAAGUUCAAAAUAUAGAGUAAAA